AUGUCUUCUCAGUCCCUCAAGAUCGCCGUUAUCCCUGGCGAUGGGAUUGGCAUCGAAGUCAUGCCAUGGGGCGUGGAAUGCCUUACAUCAGUCGCCAAAAUCUUUGACAUUUCUCUGGAAUUUGAAUGGUUCGACUUCGCCAGUUGUGCCUACUACCACAAACACGGCGAGAUGAUGCCCUCUGACUGGAAGGAGAAGCUCCUCAAAUUCGAUGCCCUCUACUUUGGUGCAGUUGGCAUGCCGGAUGAAGUUCCCGAUGACAUCUCACUAUGGGGCAGCCUUCUCAAGUUCCGCCGCGAAUUCGAUCAGUACAUUAACCUACGCCCAUGUCGCCUGAUGCCUGGCGUGACUUCGCCAUUAGCCAACCGGAAGCCAGGAGACAUUGACUUCUGGAUCGUUCGCGAGAACACGGAAGGCGAGUACAGCAGCAUCGGAGGCAAGAUGUUCGAAGGCACCGAUCGCGAAACUGUCAUUCAAGAGACUGUUAUGACCAGAGUUGGCGUCGAUAGGGUCCUUCACUACGCCUUUAAUCUGGCACAGAGUCGUCCUCGGAAGCGUCUCACCAGCGCCACAAAGAGCAACGGUAUAAGCAUCACGAUGCCCUACUGGGACUCUCGUGUCGCGGAGAUGGCGAAGAACUACCAAGACGUCAAGCUAGACAAGUAUCACAUCGACAUUUUGACUGCGCACUUUGUUCAGCGUCCGGACAUUUUCGACGUUGUAGUUGGCAGCAAUCUCUUCGGAGACAUUCUCUCAGACCUGGGCCCUGCUUGUACUGGUACCAUCGGUAUUGCCCCGUCAGCCAACCUGAAUCCAGAAGGAAAGUUCCCUAGUCUCUUUGAGCCGGUCCAUGGUAGUGCUCCGGAUAUCGUUGGUAAAGGUAUUUCCAACCCCAUUGGCAUGAUCUGGGCAGGGCAGAUGCUACUUCAACAUUUUGGAUUUAAAAAAGCUGCGGAUCUCUUGCUCAAGGCCAUUGAAAAUGUUCUUGCACGUUCAGAAGCUCAUGUUUUGACGCCAGACAUGAAAGGCUCGGGUAAUACCGAAGGGUUUGGCAAAGCGAUUUUGGCGGAAAUUGCAGGGCUGGGGGACAAGAAUUGA